GUUGCGCAUUUGCGUUUGUUGUCAGUUUGACUUUUGACCGUAUGUUUACGUUUAUUUUCAGUUAAAAAUUUUAAAUUUCAAAUCUCUUCAUGAAAGUCGUAAAAUAAUGUCCUUAUGUUACUCUUAUACGCCGAAUUAUUUCUCCAUUGAGGACAUUCUCGUUACGCAGGAACGGAUACCGUCCAAAUUUUUGGUUAACGUUCCAAAACUUGGAAAACUAAAUCCGUCUGCGGAAGAAAAUGAUAUUAAACAAGGAACUGCACUCGAUUUACCUUUUUGGUUAGCGGAUCCCUUGUCAUUUGCACGACACCCUCUGAUAUCAAUCGAGCUACCUCGUGUUUACAAAGAAGCCUAUCGUGAAAUUUUGAAAGCCGAUGCGACAGCAGUAGAUUUGCAUAAGCUCGGUUUAUAUUUCUAUGAGCUAGGUUUAUAUGUUAAAAGAUUAGAUCCACGCCGAGAAGUCGAAGCAAUCUUGUUACACACUUUUCGAUCACGAUUCAAAGAACUAAUGGAUUUUGCUGAUGAUGUUGUAUGCGAUCCGGUCAAACAAAACCGGUUGGAUAUGUUUGAAAGAACACUCUUCCAGAAGGCUCAUUUUAGUAGGAUGCAAUUGAAAUCAUGGCUUAACAAUUCUGAGAUGCGAUUAGAAGCCGCUACUAUGGUUAUUAAUCAUAAAAAACGUAAAAGAAUUGAUGUUGACGACUUGUUUUAGAUUAGCUACUUCUAUUUUUCUGUUAUAAUUUUUCCAUCAAGUAAUUACAAUUCAUUAUUUAUUGAUUUCCAUAAA